AUGAAUAAAAUAACGCUUGCAAAGUUUAUAUUUACUGGUAGUAAAGUAAGUGACGAGCGUGAGGAUAUUUAUGAUAUUCUAAAAUCAGUUGAUGGCAGUGGAAAUGUACAGUAUAAAGUACAGGAAUUACACCAAUGUCAUCCAUCUGUUGACUUUCAUGAUCUGGAAAUUCCCAUUAGUGACAUAGAUAAUGAAGAAUUUGAGUCUCAAACCACCAAUAGCACAGUGGAUAACAUCUCUGUGGUUACAAAUCACCACUUUCCUGAGAGUGGAGAGUAUAAUUCACAAGUUACUAAAGACAGUGGCAGUGUUAACUUUAUAAUUGAGGAUGGACCUGAUGAAUAUCAAAGGAAUAACUGUAUAUUUAACCCAAUCGGUUGUAUGUUCAGCAGUAAAUGUUUUAACCUUAUUCCAACGAACACAAGCGACCAAAGCAAUUUAAUUUAUUCAAGUUAUAUGCCUUUAAACGAAUUUGGCUCAGAAUUCACUAAUAAAACUGAGAAGUUCAUUAAGAGUUUUGUAGCAGGCUUGAACCUUGUUUUGAUGCUAUUUGCCAUGUUCUUACCUCUAUUUUUACAUUUAUUCUGCCAAUUUAGGCUGUAUAAUUAUCUAUGGGAUAUAAAAUCCGGUCCUAAAUCUAACAAAAUGAUUACUAAUAAGGAAAGUGGAGAUAGUAUUCUAAAGCACUUGGCCCAGUUUGAAAACUUUUUCUUUUUUGGAGUUUUAGUUUACUCUGGAAUUCAGCUGAUUGGGUUCCUAAUGACUCAUUUCCAAUACAAAUUAUGCCUUGAAAACUUGUGUCUCACGUCCAUUGAGGAUUCAAGAAGUUUGUUGGAAGAGUUAAGGGAUGAAGCAUUUGAGAGGCUGAAACAGAUUUAUUCCAGUAACAAAAUGCUGGAAAAAUCAAAUUUUAAAAACAGUAAGAUGAGAUUGAUUAAGGAUUUUAGUGAAGUGUCUGGCCAGUUUAACGAGUCAAAGCUAGAAUACGUCUGGAGGAAAAUGAAAGGUCUGAAAAUCAAAAUAUUUUUCCUUAAGAUUUGGGCUCCUUUUGUCAUAAAUUUAAUUUUAUCGGCUUUGCUUUGUUUUAACCUCUACUACAGAAGGAUGAGAAUGAACAAGAGGGUGCCCCUAGGACAUGCCAAAAUAGUCUCAGACUUACAGUGGUACGCUGCUAUUGAGUAUGAAGGAUUUUGGUGGAUUUUUGCAGUGUUCGCACUUAACAUCGCAACUUGGAUGUGCUUGUGUUGGAUUAAUAGAAGUGACAGUUUCUUCAAGGCCCUGGGCAAUGCCGAAGAACUAAUUAACAAAAUUGUAAAAGACCUUACAAAACAAGUUUCAAGGCAAAUUUGGAACAGGGAAAUGAUACAUGAAUCUGAAUAUUGGCCUAAAUAUCAAAAGGUUUCAAGCGAAAUUAAUAUAAACUUAAAUGAAACAAAAAGUUAUCCACAUAUUUGUAAACACAUGCUCAAUGAAAUUACUUAA